AUGAGUUUGGAAGAAGUGGCAGAGAGUUACUUGCAUGAUCUCAUUAAUAGAGGCUUAGUUCAAAUUAAUGAGCUAAGUCUUGAUGGCAACCUUAAAUCAUGUAAGGUUCAUGAUCGAGUUCACGAAAUAUGUGUGAGAGAAGCAAUAAAGGGGAAUGCUUUGUGCGUUAUCAAUGACAACCAUGCUCCAAAAUCUAGUCAUUGGUUAAGUUGUCAAACAAGUCAUUGGCCAAUCACUCAAGCAAGUUAUGGGAAUUGCACACUAGAUGAUAUCCGUUCUGUGCUCAUCUUUGGUAAAGAUGUGUACUAUUCCAAAUGCAGGUUGGCAUACCCAUGUUUGAAAUUGCUAAGAGUAUUGGAUUUAUCAUUUCUUAAAUGGUCACGAAGCAUGCCUAGUGAAAUAACAGAUUUGGUUCAUUUGAGAUACUUGUCUUUAAGUACCAUUGGUUCUCUUCAUGAGCUUCAAUUUCUCAAGCUUAAAAAUUUGCUAACUCUCAUAGUUACUUCUUGGAUGGAAAAAUGUCCUUUGCACCUGCGAUGUGAUAUUUUGGGUUUGCCACAAUUGAGGGAUUUGCGUGUUGACAAGAGAUGUUCACAGUAUCUCCCUUGCUUAGUCAAAGAAAAUCUACAAACUCUUUACUGGUUGAAAAUUGCUAGCUCCGAUGAUGAAAAACCAAACUUCAGAAUGGUUCCAAAUCUAAAGGAACUUGGGAUUUACAUUGAAGGCCAACUGGAGCCUAGCUAUCUAGAGAGCCUUGUGUAUUUACAUCGACUUGAGAAGCUGAAGGUUGAAGUAGGAAGAGUCGAGCGCUUUUGUCUUCCAACAAGUUUUCCACCAAACCUUAAGAAGUUGACACUUCGUCAUACAUAUCUUCCGUGGAAGGAGAUGGACACAAUUGGCAGGUUGAGGCACCUUGAGGUGCUUAAAGUAAAAGAUUUCGCCUUCUGUGGCUCAAAGUGGGAACCAUCAAAGCAAGGCUUUCGGAAAUUAAAGGCACUUCUUAUCUCACGAUCAAAUCUCAAAUAUUGGAAUACAAGUUUUAAUCAUUUCCCAGUUUUGGAGCGCCUAGUCUUAAGAUAUUGUUGGGAAUUGAAACAAAUUGAAAUCUAUUGUAGUUUCUUUACAACACUGAAGCUAAUUGUGUUCGAAUGUUGUUAUUCUUCUCUUGUGACUUCUGCAAAUAAGAUUUCUUCAGGUCGUCCACUUCGUGUUCGUAAAAUUGGAACUAAGGUUGAAAUGCCAAAUAAUGAAAGCUCUGAAGAUGAAAGUGUGGAAAGCUCUAACGAAUUGAGUGUGAGGAAACUAAAGGAGAAGGUUUCGAAAUCUCUGAAUGCAUUCAAAGAAUUGAAGAGGAAAGGUGUUCUUGUAGGUUCCUGGCUGAAGUUAAUAAGGCCAUCAUUGAUGAAUAAGUUCUCUAUUGUUUUCAUGAGUUCUUGCAUUGGCUAA